AUGAGACUCCCUGAAGCUAUCGUUUUGGCCAUCUUCGUCCUCGUUGUCCUCUUUAUCCCUAUUGUUUUAUUUAGUGUUCCCUCUUUGCGGCGAUCUGUGGCAGGGAGAAUACACCCUCCCUGCUCUACAGUCAGUCCCUGGACUUAUCGUUGGCGCGUAGGUGGACGCUUUCAAGACUUAAUACCGAGAUUUUUUCUCCCUCGAAGCACUCCAAGAGAUGUUGAGCUGGGGCUCUCUCAGCUUUUUUUCAGCUCCCCACGAAGUGAGCCACAUAAUACUCAACCAGAUUCCUCAGAAGGGCUUGCGGAGCAUACCAAAAUCUCUCUACUUGCACCCAAUAGCAGAACCACCGUUGCAUCUCAUGGUUCGAAAUCAGGCAUGUCGCCGGAGCUGACCCGUUUGGAGGAAUCCAAUACUUUAUCUUCCCGCAAGGAUUCAGAUGGGGCCAUCGGUACUUCAAGCUUGAGCUACUCUGGAGUUCCUUCUUUCUUUGGGGCUGCCGUUAUUCCAAAGCCCAGUGACCCCUCCGCGGAAGAUGAGAUUUGGAAUGAGUAUGACAUAAUGCUUGUUGAGAGCCACGUUGACGGCCCUAAAUCAGCGUCAUCCUCGGAGGCUGAUCCCUUCGCCCUAGAGUACCAGAUCGAUUUGGGCAAGGAAAGGGCUCCGGUAAUGGGUUCUGACCAUCGCAAUGCCUCCAGAGAUUCCAACGGGACUGACAUAAUCCGAGCUGCGCUCCAACCUCACCAUGACCCCCAUUGCCCAGCGCAAGCCCAUAUCCGGCCUGAAAGUUGCAUUCUUCCCAAGGGGUUUUUCGGGCUGAAAACGCUAGCGGGGGAGUUGGGGUUAAAUGAUAAUGGGAACGUUGUUCGACUUGCCAGUCUUGGGGAGGUCUUGGGGACAGGUUAG